AUUGCUUCGACUCCCACUAACCAUCGACUUGGGACUGGGUUCAAAAAAGAAUUCGAAGCAAAUCGAACUGUCUCGAUUAUCAUUCACGCUAAACCUCGGCUGGGACUCGCUCGUCGAUUAGUUCUUCGAAAGUGAUCGAUUGUUCUCCGUGGCAUUGGCACACAACCUGCCCGGCUCCACGAUCCACAGCGCCGCGAUUCUGUAGAAUCUACAGAGCUUUGGUACGGAGAUCUUUCGGUGGCCUUCGUCGUGCAUCGUCUUGCCUUCGUCGGGGAAUUCCAAUCGUGUGACAGCGUAGAAAGUGUACCAACUCAAACUGGGUUUUCGUCCCCACCAGGGUUCUUGCCACCCAAUGAAGAAAGAUCGUCCAAAGUCUCAUAAAACCAAAAACCAAUUUCUCGCAUUGCUUUGAAAAAUUCUUUGCCUUUCUUUUGAUUUUUUGAUACAAAACUAUUGCCACAAUGUCCGCUGAAGCCGAAAGCUAUGCCUUUUCCGCUGAUAUCAAUCAGCUCCUUUCGUUGAUUAUCAACACUUUCUAUUCCAACAAGGAGAUUUUCCUUCGUGAAUUGAUUUCCAAUGCCAGUGAUGCUUUGGAUAAGAUCCGCUACCAGUCCUUGACUGACUCUUCCGUCCUCGAUGCCGAACCAGAGAUGGAAAUUCGGCUGAUCGCCGACAAGGCCAACAACACUUUGACCAUUGAGGAUACCGGUAUCGGUAUGGCCAAGAGCGACUUGGUCAACAAUCUCGGAACUAUUGCCAAGUCCGGAACCAAGGCAUUCAUGGAGGCAUUGACUGCUGGAGCCGAUAUCAGUAUGAUUGGUCAAUUCGGUGUCGGAUUUUAUUCCGCUUACCUGGUUGCCGACAAGGUCGAAGUGCUCUCCAAGAACAACUCGGACCCUGAUAUCCACCUUUGGUCGUCCGAAGCCGGUGGUUCUUUCACCAUUAACAAAGCCCCCGAUGCUGGAAUCAAGCGUGGAACCCGCAUUGUUCUUAGCAUGAAGGAGGACAUGUCCGAGUACUUGGAAGAGCGUCGCCUCAAGGAUUUGGUCAAGAAGCACUCUGAAUUCAUUGGAUUCCCCAUCAAGCUUUACACUGAAAAGACCACCGAAAAGGAGGUCACCGACGAUGAUGACGACGAAGAGGAAGAGGGCGAUGACGACAAGCCCAAGGUCGAAGAGGUUGAUGAUGAGGAAGAAGCCAAGAAGGAAAAGAAGACCAAAAAGAUCAAGGAAGUCUCCCACGAAUGGGAGCAUCUCAACAACAUGAAGCCGAUUUGGAUGCGAAAGCCCGAUGAGGUCACUCACGAUGAAUACGUUGCCUUCUACAAGUCCAUCUCCAAUGACUGGGAAGAACACGCCGCCGUCAAGCACUUUUCCGUGGAAGGUCAGCUCGAAUUCAAGGCCAUUCUCUUCUGCCCCAAGCGUGCUCCAUUUGACAUGUUCGAGGGAGGCAACAAGAAGAAGCACAACCACAUCAAGCUUUACGUCCGUCGUGUUUUCAUCAUGGACAACUGCGAAGAUAUCAUGCCGGAGUGGUUGCAGUUCGUCAAGGGUGUUGUGGAUUCGGAGGAUUUGCCAUUGAACAUUUCUCGUGAGACUCUUCAACAAAACAAGAUUUUGAAGGUCAUCAAGAAGAAUCUUGUCAAGAAGUGCAUUGAAAUGUUCACCGGAUUGCAAGAAAACGAAGACACCUACAAGAAGUUCUACGAAGCCUUCUGCAAGAACUUGAAGCUCGGUAUCCACGAGGAUUCCACCAACCGUGCCAAGUUGGCCAAGUUGUUGCGAUACCACUCCACCACCAGCGGAGACGAGAUGACCAGCCUCGACGACUACGUUAGCCGCAUGGACGACAAGCAGCCCGGAAUCUACUACGUCACUGGUGAAUCCAAGAAGGCUGUCGAGUCCUCUCCAUUCCUUGAGAAGCUCCGUAAGAAGGGAUACGAAGUCUUGUUCAUGGUUGACCCCAUUGAUGAAUAUGCCGUCCAACAAUUGAAGGAAUUUGAAGGCAAGAAGCUUCUCAGUGCUACCAAGGAAGGCCUCGAGUUGGCUGAGGACGAAGAAGAGAAGGCCGCCUUUGAGGAAGCCAAGGGCAAGGCCGAGGGUCUUUGCAAGCUCAUGAAGGAAGUCCUUGAUGACAAGGUUGAGAAGGUUGUUGUUUCCAACCGUCUUGCUGACUCUCCUUGUGUUCUCGUCACGGGCGAGUUCGGAUGGUCUGCUAACAUGGAACGUAUCAUGAAGGCGCAAGCUCUCCGUGACUCAUCUCAAUCUGCCUACAUGUCCGCCAAGAAGACCAUGGAGAUCAACCCACAGAACCCCAUCAUUGUGGCCCUCCGUGAAAAGGCCGACGCCGACCAAAGCGACAAGACUGUUAAGGACUUGAUUUGGCUCCUUUACGACACAUCUUUGCUCACCUCUGGUUUCUCCUUGGAUGAGCCCAGUACCUUUGCCAGUCGUAUCCACCGUUUGGUCAAGUUGGGUCUUUCCAUUGACGACGAUGAUGAUGGCGACGACGAUGCCGACAUCGAUGACUUGCCUCCUCUUGAUGGCGACGACGACAACGAAGAAUCCGCCAUGGAACAGGUUGACUAAAAAUCGAUUAGACACAACAACAGCAACUGAUCAAAUACAUCAAAUACAUUUUAGAUGGAAGAGAAGGAGCCUUGUGGGUUGGGCCGUUAGGGUCUCUCAAUCCAAUUUGUAAUUCGCUACUAGCAGAACUUUUUGAUUUGCUGUUUUUUGCUUAUUU